AGAGAUGGUAGUUGUAGUUUUUUAGCGGUUUCCUUAAUACGGUCAACAUGGCCCCUUCACGUUUGUUGCCUGUAAUACUGUCAAUUCUUCCAGCAACUGUCAUUUUAUUGUGCACAGACUUAGCAUGUGGAAAUACCGGUAGGAGGACUGGCGAUGUGCAGGACACAGACUUCAGUGGUUUCUCCGUGCCUCUAGAGCACUCAUUCGAAGUUGAUGACAUGCCUCUGUUCCGGACGCGUGGAGCGCUGCUAUUAAAAGCUGCGAGGGAACCCAGUGUGGCCCUCUCUCAGAACCAGCUGUCUGAGGAGGACAGGACCAAACUGAAGGAGGUGGCAGCUGUGAAUGGUCUGUACAGGAUCAGGGUUCCCAGAGUGUCUCUGCAGGUCGACAGGCAGACAGACAGACAGAUGGAAGGAUACCUCACAGCAUUCGUCAGAGCAUGUUCCUUGGUUGAGUCCCACCUCAGUGACGUCAUAAGCCUUCACACCGACGUGUCUGGAUACUUGAUUGGGGUUUCCAUAGUGACCAUCCCGGGGGCGUGUCGGGGGGCAGAGGUGGAGGAGGAAGUGGACCUGGAGUCUUUUAAUACAACACUGAGCGUCCUGGGACCAGUCAACGCUCCUCCGCCAGAGACGGAUCUCUUUAUCAAGCGCUUGGACCAGGAAAUGGAGAAGAGAGGGAAAACCCCCCAGGAGCAGAAGUCCUUCUUUGCCAAAUAUUGGUAUUUGAUUCUUGGAGGCGCAGUGUUCCUCAUGGCCACCAGUGCAGCACAGCCCCCAGCAGGGGGAGACAGGGAGCAGAGCUGAUUCACUCAAUGGAUGUACAUCGUGCCACUGGUCCUCUUCCUGAUGAUGUCAGGAGCCCAGGACCAGUCCGGGGGCGGAGCCGGGGGCGGGGCAGCCAAUGGAGGAGGCCGAUGAUCACCACGCCAACCUACAUGUACAUGUUAAUGUUGAGAUACAUGCUCACUGUCCUGAAUUAGACUGGUCCCAGACAAGCUGGUGAAUAAGCUUCUGUACUGAUGUCAUUGCAUUGCUGUUUUUAAAACUUAAAAGUAAAGUAUUUAUUACUAUCUGG